AAAAAGCUCAAAUAAGUCGGAAGCUUUGUAGUGAGAAAGAAAAGGAAAAUAAAAGCCAGAGAGAGAGAGUUGAUUUGAGGGCGUUCAGCACAGAAUUUCGGGGCUAGCUAUUCUUUAUCAUUAAUUAAUUUAUGAAUCAGGCUGUUGUUUUUGUGGAAUACCUAUUCUGUACCUUGAGGAAGACAUACAUGAUUCUUCAAUUCUUGAAAGACUUCUGCUUUACUCUUCUUGUCUAUUCAAUGUUGAUAGCAUUCCUGGUAGAUGCUUCGUUAGAAGAGGAGCUUGAUUCUCUCCAGAUUGGAGUCCAAAGACAUGGGCAGGGGAAUCAGGAAGCGAUACUUGGGGGCUGCACAAGACUUAGCGCAAAGGUGGAAGAAAGAUAGGCUUUAACCCUGGAGAAUUCGGGAACCAUGGAUCAACCUGCUCGCCUUCUGGUAUGUCUAGGGAUGCAAUUGAUCCAAGGGUCAACUGGGAGCCAGGACUGCCUUACCAUCUUCCGGGUAUCAGCUGCCUUCAGUUUAGAGGAAGAUAGCUAUAUAAAUUCUUCUUCAAUGGAGAGAAUAAAUUAUGUGAGUGAAGAAUUCCAAAUGAUAUGCAGGGAACAGAAAGUUUAUUUGGCACUUUCUUGAAUUUAUGAAAUGAAACUUUCAAUGGCUUUAUAGCAGAAGAAGUUUGGUAAAUGGAGAAGCAAGAUACUGUAUAUGGAUGAUCUUGACAAAGAUACAGCAGAUGGAGUAAUUAAGAUGCAUUGAAAUUGCUUCAAGGUACUUAUAAGGCUAGAGAGACUACCAUGUUAGACCCUAUUCUUACAGAUAGUUCAAGUCACCAUUCUAUGGGGUCCAACUGACUUUGGGUCAGAGAGAAAGGGUUCAGCACAACCCGCUUCAAAUGGCUCGAGCUUCCAGUGAUGAGAAAGGUCUGGUUGAAUGUGAUAACUAGCAUGAGGUUGAAUCAGACUUAUCUUACAAGGAGUUGUGACGAGAAAGCAUCACUAGAGAGAAUUUUAUUGAAUGGCUCUGGAAUGCUAUAAUCAUCUUCGGACUUUAAUGUUAUGGAAUGAUAAUAAGUUUGGCUGGGGUUACUGGAAAGGAUUAACAUGAGAAGCUCCUCAGAAACAUUGUUAGAUUGAUGGAAAAUUUUGGUGCAGAUGCUCUGCACAUUCAUGGUUUUGGAGGUUUGAAGAUCCUGUCAAUGAGUAGCAACAGAUGUGGAUAGUUUAACAAAAGAGGCAAGAAUGUUUGCUUCGGAGCAAGACUUCAAGGAAGAUUUACAAUGACUCUUAAAUCAGGAAGUAAUGGUUCUCAUGGAAUCUCAACCAAUCUGGUCUUCGAAAUUUUGGAGCUUGUGCUUUAUUUUGGCUUUGAUUUCUGGGGAAAUUAAUCAUCGCAAGGACCAGGGUUUAUGGAAAGUUUGUGGAAUUUAACGUUGAUAUGAUUUUUGUAGAACAAGUAUCUGCAGUAAGAACAGGGUGACUCCAAUGAUGACCAUAAUUCAUACUGUGAGGACUCGAAAUCUUAACCAUGAUUUGUUUCUUGUGUGGCUGAAUUGGUAGGUAACUUAUAAAGUGAUUCAUGCGAGAUUGUGCUUUGGUGACUCUUUCUACUUGUGGUUUGGAAUAAACCAAUUGAUAGAGAUAAAGAAUGUCUGUGAUUUUUUUUCUUACAUAAAUGUAUUCAGUAAUACCGAUGAUAUAGUGAACGGUAAGCAUCUCUGUUGUACUUUUGCCAGCAUAACCAGUAGUACAAAGCUAGUGGUUCCAAGAACUCUCAAGAGUUCAUUUGUUUAUGAAGUUAUAUCCUUGAGAUAUAGGAGAUGUAAUGGCUAGGAAAAAAGGACCAGCCAGUGGAGUUAAUCAACAAUUCUCAGCAUGUUUUGGUAUGUGGUUUUGCUUAGCCAAUUGAUUCAUGAGAUUCACACUAUCAUUGGAGCAUUUUAGUUAAACUUUGUGUGGAAAUGCAUGCAUACACAUGCAGCCGCUUUGGUUGGAGAAAGGAUAGUUAAUGUAGGGAUUUUCUAGGUGCAGUAUGUGGGACUGGUGGUUAGCAUGUUGCUCAGGUGAGUUGGAGGGAUUCUCUAAGAUGAACCGAGAAUGUGCAGUAUUAGUUUCAGUAAGGCAUGUUUUUUUAAUCUUCAUGGUCAUCAAUUUUCUCCAAUCAAUUUCUUGCUGCUGAAGGGCACAAAUUUCUAAGACCUGAAGAGCCAAACUCCCUUGGUAGGAUAACAAUUCGUUGUUUACAUUUUUCUUUUUUCUUCUUUUGCAACUGCUUUUGCAAACCCCAGCAAGGUCACCUUGCUCAAAAUGAGUGCACAGAGUGAUUGAGCAAGAAAGACAAUUUAGCUUUCUGGACUAAUUUUUCUUAUCACCCCGUCAGAAAUUUUAGGAUUUGUUGGAACUUAGUGAAUGACUUGUGGGAGUCUAUGAGAUGGCCUUCUAAGGCAUCACAGCUAUGGGGACCUACACUAAGGUCCUGCUCUAGUGUCAAUUUGCAAUGAGUAAUUGAUUUUACCAGCGAUCUAGGCAUUAGUCAUUACAUGACAAGCAACCCUUGAUGAUACCUCUACUUAGGCAAAACAAAAUUGAUGACUUACUGCAAUCAUGUGGCCUCAUAUGAUAUAUCAUGCAAAUCAUAUAUCUUGCUUUUAUGGCCAUAGAAUAGUUUUAGUAUUUGCUGCUGUGGAAAUAUAUUUAUUUUCCCUGCAAGAUGCAUUUGUUAUAUCAAAUGGUUUCAAAUGGUUUUAGUGGAUGUUGUAACUUUAUGUGUGCCACCAGGGCAACCCAGUGUCUAUUUUCUAAUUACCAAAUGCUAUUUCUGUGUAUGUAUGUGGGGCUCAAGAAAAGACACUGAUAGUAAGCAUCUUCAUCACACUCUGGGUUUUUUUUUCCCUCUAUUUUUUUUUUUAAUAAAAAAAAUCUAAACCAGCAACUCCGAAUUCCACUUAUUGACCCAAGCCAAAAAUUAUCACUGCAGAUGUACAAAAUAGAAAACUCAAAUAAGAAAAUCUAUUGGGAUUAUUAUUGGAUCUGACCGAAUCUGCUGCUCUUCUCCAAAUUAGGAAACUAAAUAGAGAAAAGUGGUUCAUAUAUUUUUCUUAGCCAUCUGACUUGGGUAAGAAAGUUAUGAGCUGGCUACAAUUAAUAUCUCAAAUAGAAAUAAAUGGUAUUUUCUUAUACAAAUGUGAAAGUAGAAUUAUUACUAGUACAAACAGCAAGGACAGCUAAUUUUGUUAAAUGCAUGAUGCAACGGAUGCAUGCAGCAAUGUAAUUAUUUUUAGAAGCACUUUAUCUAAAUUAUGUGAUUUUUUAAUUUAUUUUAUCGUCUAAUGAUAUUUUAAAUGAGGGUUGCCUGCAAAAUCUACUCAUUCCAGAAUUACAUGUUACUUCAUUUUAGCAAAAGCUAAGUGCCUGAUACAGUGGAUUAGUUUUGCUUAUGCAAUUGUUACAUCAAGAGAAUUAUUGAUUGAGGCAAGCCCUUUUUUCGAUUAUUUGAUUUUCUUUACUUCUCUUUAAGUUAUGGUUUAGUGACUUUGUAAUUCCGUUCCUACUAUAUGCAAUUGUUUUUGAAAGCAGAAUUGCAUGUAACAAUGUGCCUGUUUGAGUAAAUAAUUGACCAAAAAACAAUGACAAUGAAACCCUUUUGUAUUAUAUAUUUAUCAAAAAACAAUGACAAUGAAACCCUUUUGAGUAAAUAAUUGACCAAAAAACAAUGACAAUGAAAUCCUUUUGUAUUAUAUAUUUAUCAGCCACAUGGUCCUUACAUUUAAUAAUCUGCAAUGUGGUUGGUGAGUUUAUGGUCAAAUCAAAUGAGAUCGUGUCUAUUAACGGUCAUCGAUAACGAGAAACGAAUAACUGAACACAGUUACUCCUCUUCUGCAUCAGUUGUGAUCCUUGCUCAGUUGUGAUCCUUGCUCAGUUGUGAAAGUUUUUCAACAUGGAAGAUCAUGCUAAAAUGUACUUUAUUUUAUACAUUCACUUUAAAUAUCUUUAAUGUUAUUCUGUCAUUAUAAAGUGUAUGUCGACCAAUAAUUUGUAUUGUGAUUACUCCCUUUAUAAUCUCUAUUUUUUUUAAUGUUUUUCCCCAUUACAAAAUCAAGCCUGAAACUCUUUCUUUCCACCUCUUCCUCGAAAAUAAACAAGUAAAACUCUUUCUCACCCUUCUGUUUGGCUCUCUUUUGUUAAUGAAAGCAAAAAUGGAGAGAAUGAGCAAACAAGGAAAGAAGAGGGAGAUAACUCAGGAAGAAAUAAAAUUCCUGAGCCAACGCCAUGUGUCACUCUUCAUUCAAUUGCAUGCUUCUCACUGUCACUUCUACAGCUCACCAAUACCUUCCAAACUCUACAAAUGCCCACACUCUCCCCUUAUAAACUCUCCUUUUGUAUACCUAUUUUCUCACCCACUCAUUUCUGCACUCCUUGGAAUUCUAUUACCAGGCUUCUUUAGUUUUAGGCAAAUAAGUGCACAAUUCAUUUAUGUAUGCAACUUUUCCCAAUAUUUAUAUGCUAUUGUUUUUUUGAUUAUGCUAAAAAUUGCAUCGUUGUCAUGUUUUAAUCCUUUGCUGCCAAUGUUUUUAAGUAGAAUGUUGAGGCAAUAAAUAGUUUGCUCAAAAAGAAAAGAAAAGAAAAAGAUUUUGUAGUGCUUGAGUUAUGACUGUGCUCGCUUUUAGUAGCAAUUUCUUUUAAAGAGCAUAUGCUACAGGUGGAAGCCAAUUUCUAGUCCAUGGGAUUAAAAAUGUUUGAGUUCUUAAAUGCAAACCUAACAGCUAGAUCUGCACUUUCAAACAUAAUUGUUACUUUACCAGUAUCAAUACUGAUUAGGAGGUAUUGAUGUUUGAAUUCUGUUUUCUUAUGUUUGAUGUGAUUGUAGUCAGUUAAUGUAUGGGAAUAAUGCAGAACUUCCUUGGAGCUCUGCUCUGAUUUAGUUGCUCUGCCAAGCCUUGUAAGAAGACAUAUUCAAGGAUGUCUCCAACAGCUGGAAAAGGUAAGAUGAUUGACAGUUUUUGGGGCUUGAACCGCAAAAGGAAAAGUCGUCCAUGUGGAAGAAGCGAAUCAAACACUUACGGUGUUGUUUCUUUAGCUUCAUGUUCAUGGGAUGCAAAUGAGAGCACCACUUCCAUUUUGCCACCACGCCCAAUAGGAGAUGAUGGGAAUUACUAUGAGUGUGUGAUCUGCGAUAAUGGUGGUGAAUUGCUUUGCUGUGACUUCUGUCCAUGCACUUAUCACCUCCAGUGCCUUAAUCCACCGCUUGAAUGUACCCCCCCUGGAAGUUGGCAAUGUCCAAACUGCUGUAACAAGGCUGAUCCUGCGACUCAAUUGCUAUGUAUUGAAAGUUCCAAAGAAAAUGUCUCAUCUAACAAUGCAAAGCUGGCCUUCUCUCAUAAUUUGUUAUCUUCAGACAUAACGAAGAAACUAGAGUUGUCAACAGAUCUGCCUGCACCUGUAAAGUCAGGAUCUCUUGCCCGUGAGAAUCUUCCUGCUGGUUCAUUGCAAUCAUUAUAUGAUUUAGCUGAGGCUGGGGAUCUAAUGGAAAGAACAUCCAAGAAAUAUGCUACUACUAAAGAACAGCUGAAUGCUCUCAAUCAUGAUGGUGAUGAAAAAGGAACAGAAACUUGUACUAGAGCAAAUGAAAUAAGAGGAGGAGCGGAUACUGAUCCAAGUAAAUCAACAUGGGUUUGUGAUUCUCUUGAAAUGGUGAAAGGAAAUCGUGCAGAUAAACCAGUUAUCAAUACUUCAAGUUUGCUUGAUGGCUCAGGCAUUCAAGUUUGGUCAGGUGAAAAGGCUGACAGGCUUUCUGAAAUUGAAGAUCUUAAUGCAGUAAGUCCCUGCAGCAAAAUACCAAUAGAAGAGAAAGGGGAAAUGAUGGCAUGCCUAGGCCAAGCAACAAAUGAUAAUAUUUAUCCAGCAAGUGAUAAUGUGAAUGGGUGUGACAAGCUUUUGGUUCUGAGGGAUGUCAUGCUGGAAACAACAACGGGUCAUUACAAGUCCAAGCGGAAUAUUGGAGGGAGGGAGUUACAGCAGGCAUGGCUGCCUGAAUAUACAGAAGCUGGAAAAGCUCUGAAAGAAAAGGAUGCCAAGUUUCGUGCCAGACAGAAACAGGAGCUUGCUCUGAGGAACAAUAUUACCAUUCUCAGUCCAGCAACCUUUGAACAAGUUGCAGAUGCUUGGUCGGACAUGGAGCUUGAUUCCCUUUGGGUGGGAGUCCGAAGACAUGGGCAGGGAAACUGGGAAGCAAUGCUCAGGGAUCCGUCACUUUUUUUCAAGGGUAAAACUGUAGAACAUUUAACACAAAGGUGGAUGAAAGAAAGACUUCAAAUCUUCAACCUUGAAGAAUAUGGAAAUCCACAGGUCGACAGGCAUCAGGUUGCUGGAACUACCUCACUAUCAUCCAAGGAUCAACACUCUUCAGGGGAGGUGAAGAUAGAUGAACCAACGCUUCUUCUGGGGGGGAUUAGUUCGGAUGCCAUUGCAAUCAAGGACUUGAAUCAAAUUCAGCCGAAGUAUUCAACCACAAACAAACAGACAAAGAUACCUUCAACUGAAAAACAAAUUGUCGAGUCAAUUUCCCUUUCCAUCGCAAAUAAUGUUUGAUGGUUGGAAGUCAGGAAUCAGGACAUAGAAAUUGGGUUGCUGGGACAAAAAAAAAGCAUCAUAUGCCCAGUUUUUAUCUUUUUAUUUUUGGUAAAUAUCAGACAGACAGUUGGCUGAAAGUUGCAUCUGAAGAAAGAGUAGUCAAUAGGAUGUUACCUGGGGAAGGUAUUCGGGAUUUUCGUCAGGGUUAGCUGCUGCUUUGGUUGUUUUUUCUUGGGCUGAUUGGUUUCUUUUAUUUUUUUUAACCUGUAUAGAGCUAGAAAAACAGAAAGGAAAGAAACAAAAACUUAUUUCAAUAAACGAAUUUCUGUGAACGUA